GCACUACCCCCAACGGCUGUGGUGACCCCGGCACCCCUGAAUCUGGGACUCUGAUAGGAGAUGAUUUCAGAGUGGGGGCAACAGUCUAUUACGAGUGCGACAGUGGAUACGAGCUGGUUGGUCCCGGAUCCAGGCAGUGCGAGUCGUCUGGAACGUGGACCGGACAAGUGCCGCAGUGCAUCAUACGGAGCCAGACUUGUCGAGAUGGAGCUACUGUCUAUGACUCGUGCCAGAGAAGGUGUACAUGCAGGGGAGGUGUUCUUGUCAACUGCUGCCGCGUUCGACGUGAUUUCGCCUCUCUCUCUGUGGCUGAUCGACAGCGCUACAUCCAGACUGUCAUCACAGUAGCAACUGACACACAGUACAGGGCCAAGUACGAGGCUCUAGUGAAUCAGUACUCUGCCUCAGUUUCAACACUGGCUCAGAGUACAGACCCAACAGUCGGCCAGUUCUUCCCGUGGAACCGAUUCUUCUUGCUUCAGUACGAAGACCUCCUUCAAGAGGUGGACUGUCGCGUCACCAUUCCGUACUGGGAUUGGACUGCGGUUCCCAUGACCCCAUACAUGACACCGGUAUGGAACCCGGACAGUGGAUUCGGAGACUUG